CUGAAAAAAUUGCCUGAUUUUUCUUCUUAUCUUCUAAAUUUAUCUGAAAAUAAAAAAAAAAAAAAACGAGAGAGAGAAAGAAUGAAAGAAAAGGAAAAUCUUAUAUGGAGUAGCAACAAUAUUAAAACCCCAGGCAGUGUUACUGCUACUGUUUCAAAAUUAAUGUUUGGAUUUAUUCUCUUGCUGGCUUUUCCCUACAUCUUUUACUCUUUAAAUUUCUUGUUCUCUUCAAAUCCAACAAAUAAGCAAUAUCUCCGACUUCCUAAUCCUUCACCACCUACCUCAGCUUUAGAGCCUCUAAAGAACACCCACCCUAAAGCCCAGCAAAACACCACAGUCCACCAUAUAGCUUUUGGCAUUGCUGCCUCCUCCAAGCUAUGGAAACAUAGAAAAAACUAUAUCAAAUUAUGGUGGAGACCUAAUGAAAUGCGAGGCAUAGUUUGGUUAGAUGAGCCUGUGAACAAAGACCCAGAUGAUGAUGAUGUUUUACCACCAAGAAUGAUUUCAAGAAGCGCAUCAAAUUUCCAUUACAAUCAACCUGAAGUUCAUCAGUCGGGGAUACGAAUAUCGAGGAUGGUAUCGGAGACUUUAAAGCAAGGCAUGAAAGAUGUAAGGUGGUUUGUUAUGGGAGAUGAUGAUACAGUUUUUGUUGCAGAUAAUUUAGUUAGGGUUUUAUCUAAGUAUGACCAUAAUCAGUACUAUUAUAUUGGAAGCUCAUCGGAAAGUCAUUUGCAGAACAUUUAUUUUUCUUAUGGUAUGGCUUUUGGAGGUGGUGGUUUUGCUAUCAGUUAUCCAUUAGCGAAAGCUCUUGCCAAUAUGCAAGAUAGGUGCAUAGAGAGAUACAGUGGCUUAUAUGGGUCUGAUGAUCGAAUUCAAGCUUGCAUGGCUGAACUUGGAGUUCCUCUCACAAUAGAACCAGGAUUUCACCAGUUCGAUGUGUACGGCAAUCUAUUUGGGCUUUUGGCGGCACAUCCAAUUGCACCUCUUGUUACUCUCCAUCAUCUAGACUUAGUGGAGCCCAUAUUUCCUAACAUGGAUCGGAUCCAAGCCUUACAAAAACUAAAGGUCCCAAUCCAAUUGGACUCUGCGGCGCUAAUGCAACAAUCCAUUUGCUACGACAAUACCCGACAAUGGACCGUAUCCGUAUCUUGGGGCUAUACGGUUCAAAUAUUUCGGGGCAUGAUUAUGCCCCGAGAAAUUGAAAGGCCAGCAAGAACAUUUCUCAAUUGGCAAAAAACAGACUAUACUGGUUUUGCGUUCAAUACUCGCCCUGUCAUAAAAAACUUGUGUCAAAAGCCUUUUGUGUAUAGUUUGUUUAAUGCAUCGUAUGCCACUCAUACGAAGAAGACAGUAAGCGAAUACGUUCGAAAUGCAAUCGCAAAUCCUGUUUGUAGGUGGAAGAUGGAGGACCCUUCUGAUAUUGAUAAGAUUGAGGUUUAUAAAAAACCUAACCCAUAUUUAUGGGACAAGGCUCCAAGACGAAAUUGUUGCAGGAUUUUACCUACAGAGAAAAAUGGUAGCUUAAAAGUUGAUGUUGGAGAAUGCAAAGAAGAUGAAGUUAUUGAGACACAAUGAUAUACAAUUUUGGGCAAGUCCUUAAAUUUUUUUAUUUGCAGGAUUUAUUGUAUAUAAUGAAUUAGAUUUUCUUCAUUUUUUUUAUUUCCAUUAUUACUAGGUUUACACUUCAAUUUGAACCUAAUUUAUUUAUUAAACGAAGUUUGACCUUAACUUAUUAAGUUUACUGAAC